AACAAGGACGUUCGGGUGCGACAGGACCAGAGGGAUGGGAUGGAGUUUGGGGACGUGAAGUUGUAAGUGAACAUGCGGCCAGAACCUCUGUGUGAAGGAUGGCCUCGGUGAAGUACUCCAUGUUCUUUGAGAAUGUCCAUGCAGUCCGGACGCAGGUGGUUGUUGAAGUUGUGAAGAUCUGACGUGGAGUACAGCGGCGGCAUGGUCCGGUUGGGGAGCGCUAGCAAUAAGCUAGCAUUAGCAAUAAGCUAGCAUUAGCUGGUGACCAAGAGCCGGCUGUCCGUGAGAGGAGAAGCGAUGUGCGACCCAGGAGUAUCAACGGGAUGAUCCACAGCAUAACAGCGGCAAGACGCCAACAGUCCGGUGAGGAAGGAGUGGUGGCCUGGAGGCUACCAGCCUGUUAGCCGGACGAUCCUGCCCGGAAAAUGGAGGUCUGGUGCGCGGCUGUGGCUAGCGGAGAAGACCAACCCGAGCCUGCUAACCGCGCCGGGACGGAAAGAUCCCGGCAGGGUAAACAGGUGUGCUCGUGCAGGCCGCUCGUGCUGGCAAGCGAUGUAGCAGGCAGGGAAGACCGACAGCUCCAGUAGCAGGACGACGAUGUAGCGCUGUGGACCAGACCCGGGAGUCCUGGGGCUAGCACGGAGGUUAUGUAGAUGACGCCCCCAUGUGGCCGUUUAUUCAUAGCUUACUCAGAUCUUUUACUCCAGUAAAAAUAUGGGAAAAAUACUCCAAUUCAAAAAGUACAAGUUCUGCAUUCAAUAUCCUAUUUAAGUAUUAUCUGCAAAAUAUACCUAUAGAAUCAAAAGUAGUACAAGUACUUGUGUCAAAUGUCCCCUGUGACUGAUAUUUUGUAAUAUAUGACAUUAUUAGAUGGUAACAAUGUGUACGUAGUAUUUUAUUAUAGGUAUAGCUGGUCAAGAUGGAGCUAGUUUUAACUACUCAUACUGUUACACUGUUGGGAUCUGGCAGGAGAGUGUUUGGUUAUCAGCAAGUAUGAAAACUAAAUUAUUGACAUUAAUAAAUGUGCUGCCGGCACAUAAGCUUUUAAAAUCUUCUUUCCCAGACCAGGUGCACCCAGUUGGGCAAUGCAGCACACCUGCACACCUUCUUCAGUGCCAUGAACACCAUUGAAAACACAUGAAUGAGCAACACCGUUGCACUGGGUGACAUGUGCCUGCAUUACAAUGAACACGGACGCUGUAGUUUACUGUAACCAUAAAUUGUCACUUAAGCACCAAAUGUGUAUUAAUACGCAACAGAAGUCCCGAACAAAUGCACCAACAGGCAAUGCAGUUUGCCUGAAGGAAAGCAGUUAUAAAUAAAUAAUGAACACAUUUUUAUUUGGAUUUAAAUGUAGCUGUAUCUUUAAUGGGAAGGCCUUACCUGUAAUUAUUAAUUAGUUCCUAGGAACUAUAAGGUGAACCGCAGACCUGUAAAAUGAUGUGUACAUAAAAUAAUAUCUUGAAAGAGGAUAACGAGUACUUUACUUAUGACAGUAUGGGUAUAGUUUGCUGAUGAUACUUUAUUAACACUUUGAAUGAAGUAUUCUUUAAUUGUAAUUGAAUAUUUUUGCUUUGUGGUAUUUCCUGAAGUAAAGGCUCGAAAUAUGGCCUCUUACUUUUUAGUCUGUUUUUUAUUAUUGCCAACAAAUCACAGUUUAUUAUUAUUAUGUUAUAUGCUGUGGUAUCCCGUAUUUGUGGAUUUGCACUGGAUGGUGUUCAGGAAGAGAAACAACAACAACACCUGAGGACUACAAGUUUUCCCAUCACAGCAAGUGUGGUCCAGGGCAGAACACCAUCUGUUACAGCACUAAUCAGGAUGUUGCUGUGUGUGCAACAUGUGAAACAAUGAACGCCACAGCUAGAGCACAGCCGUGCUUUUCUGAUCCCGUCAUCACCCUUUAAAAGGACUCUGUUAACGUGCAUAUGAGCAGGUAAGUAAUCUUCCAGAUGUGAGGCUAUCCUUGAACACGAUUUACACUCAGGUCCAGCAGAGGGCUCUAGAGUUCCUGCUUCUGCUCCUGAGCUCUGAGGAGAGGGAGUAAACAGAAAAGGCUCUGAGCUUAUGUUCCCCUUUCCUCUCACUCUGUGAGGAUGGAGCUGGAAAUCUAGACGGGGCAGCUGGAGCCCGCAGAGUUCCUACUGAGCCCCGCAUCAAAACUCCCCGACUCUCUCCGUCCCAGCAGAGCGCACCGUCCCGUCAGCACACAGCAUGAAGCUCUGGGUUGUGUUUUGCCUGGCGCUGCUCUGGGUUGAGCUCCAAAACGGUGCCUGCCAGCAGGUCAAGCGGAGAAAAGAUGUAGGAGAGAACCGCAUCCGUCCUGGGGGGAAGCGGGUGAAGGCGCGACCUACCAAACCAAAAGAUGGAGGAGGGAAAGGCCAGUCCCUGCUGACCCAGGUCUUAGAUAAGGGGCGCUUCCUGCGCCUGGGCCCGAGCACCACCCUGACGCCCGGGAGGGACAUGGAGCUGCGCUGCAAAGGCAAUUCUAUCGGAUGGUCGUACCCGACCUACCUGGACAUUUUCAACGACUCACGCCUCAGCAUCAUUCCGAGCGACAAGUACAGCCAACUGAUCCUGACGUCGCCCUCUGCUGCCGACACGGGGCCCUACAGCUGCUGGGUGAUCGUGUGUGACGGCACCGAGUGUGAGAGGGACCACGAUCGCACCUACGUCUCAUACAUCUACUUCACAGACAAAGACAACCUCUUCGUCCCCUCUGCCAUCCACUUCGAGAUCGUGUACCUGCGCCCAGACAGGCCCGCCGUAGUGCCCUGCCGCGUGACCGACCCGCAGGCCAAGGUGUCCCUUCACAGAGAAGUCCCUCCGGAGGAGAUCCCAGCCAACGGGACGCAGGUGACCUACGACCCCACCAAGGGGUUUGUCUUGCAGAGCCCCAGCCUGGAGCACCAGGGGGUCUUCUACUGCAAGGCCGUGACCAAGGGCACCCCUCAGAUCUCCACCAAGUACCAGCUGCUCUAUGUGGAGGUUCCGAGUGGGCCACCGUUUGUGAGCCUCGACGCCUCUCCGGAGUCAGUGGGAGGAGGCGACAACGUCGACGUAACCUGCACAGUGUUGGGGGAGCCGGAGGUGGACGUGAGCUUCACCUGGUCUUAUCCUGGUCAGGGCCGUCGGCCGGUUCACACCCACACGUCCUGGAGGCUGGUUAACAGAGGAAUAAGCCACACCACAAGGAUCUCCCAGAGUGUCCUGACUGUAGAAGACAUGGAGACCAUCGACUUUGGAAACUACAUCUGCAAAGCCAAGAACCGGAACGGCGAGACAAUCGUGACGACCAACAUCAUCUCCAAAUAGCCUCGGCAGCGGAGCCCGUGUUACGGUUGAGUGUGUUGCUGAGAUGUAAGAGGAACACACCAACCAGUGAGACCUGAUGAAAUCGACAUGUAUAUACAUCAAAAUGGGUGUAUUUUUAGAUUGCAGAUUAUGUGAUAACAUAAUAAAGAUUUGCUACAUCUUUUGUUGAAGAGUUCAUUCUCAAAACUGGACCCUUACUGUAUGUUUGCAGUUCACGUGACUGUAGGUUAGUGCAAAUCUGCAUGAAGCCAUGCACAGCCAUGCACAGUCUAACACAGAAGCCAAAGUGUGUGAGAUGUUUCACUCAUUUUUAGAGUGGCCAAAAGGUAGUUC